AUGUCUAAAAAAGUCUGGUUAAAUUGGAUUGAAGAUGCUAUUGAAAAAAAAUAUAUUAAAUAUUAUGAUCAUAAAAACUUUCUUAACAUUAAAGAAAUUGGAUCCGGAGGCUUCGGAAUGGUUUAUCGAGCGAACUGGAAAAAUUCUCGUAAUACUUUAGCACUAAAAUCUCUUAACGACUCUACAGCUGAAAAAAUUGUUUCCGAGCUUAAAAUUCAGCGUGAAGUACAUUUUAAUGAUAAUAUUAUAAAAUUUCUUGGUGUUACACUAAAUAAUCAAAAUUCUGGUUCAAUUAAACGUUAUAUGUUGGUAAUGGAAUAUGCCGAUAGUGGUACACUUCGAAAUUAUUUAGAAAAAAAUAUUAAUAAUCUUACUUGGAAUGAUAAACUCAAAAUGGCGUAUCAAUUAGCUAGUGGUGUAUCAUGUUUACAUGAUGAGAAUAUUAUUCAUCGUGAUUUGCACUCCUGCAACGUGUUAGUCCAUCAAAAUACAAUCAAAUUGGCUGAUUUUGGAUUAUCAAAAAUGAUUAAUGACUCAAAAUCAUCAAAACAAUAUGGUGUAGUUCCUUAUAUUGAUCCGAAAAAAUUCGUAACUGAUUCAUACUCUCUGAACAAAAAGAGCGAUGUUUAUAGUAUUGGUGUACUUCUAUGGGAAAUAUCAAGUUGUCGCCCACCUUUUAAAGAUAUGUCUAAUCAAUUUGUAUUACCGAUUAAGAUUUCGAAAGGUCUUAGAGAAACACCUAUUCCUAAAACACCUAAGGACUAUGAAAAUCUUUAUACUGAUUGUUGGAAACUUGAACCAGAUGAUCGUCCAACUAUUCAAACUGUAGUUACUAGAUUAGAAGCAAUUAUGACGAAAUAUAAUAUAACUACAAAACAUGUUUGGACACCUCCUAUUAUCGGUAAUAAUUUAUCAUCACAUGACAAUUUAUCCAAAAGUUUCAAUAAUAAUAUCUAUAAUAAUACAAUAAGAGUAGAGGCACCUCAAACUAGCUUUUAUAAGCAAAAAUCUGAGAAAGAUAUAGUCGAUGGAAUAUCUGCUCUUGAUGAAACUGUAUAUGAUCAAAAUAAAAAGCAGAAAAUUCUUGAUUACAUUAAAGAGCAUCAUAUGACUCCAGAAAAAAUUUUUGACUGGCUAUCAAAUAAUCAAGUUGAAGCAAACUCUCUUCUUGUACUCGGAGAUUUUAAUUAUUUAGGAAUUGCAACUAUGAUUGAUAAGGAAAAAGCUUAUAAAUACUAUGAGGAAGCAGGAAAUAGAGGAAAUAGCUUAGCUCAGUACACUAUUGGAAUUAUGAGUGAAAAAGAAUUAGAAAAUGAAAGUGCAGCAAUUUAUUGGUUUGACCAAUCUGCCAAGCAAGGAAAUCAAAAAGCUAUAAAUGAUUACUAUAGAUUACAAACAUCUAAUUGCAGAACCAUAAGUACAAAUAAAUAUGGAAUUCUAGGUAACAGAUUAUAAAAAACAUGAUUAUAAAAAAAAAAAAGUAAACUUUAUAUAGUUUUUGUAUUAAAUGUUAAAGAAGAUUUAAUAAUGUUUUUAUUUUAUUUAUUUAUUUAUUUUUUUAUUGUAUGAUUU